AUGAAAUCUAAUGGGAUUAUACAGACAUUCCGCCUAGAAAAAUAAAAAAAAAAGUUCAUAAUUUCAUAUGAAAAUCAAAAUUAAAUAAAGUAUAUAUAGGAUGGAUCUAUUCUAAGAAUGUAGCACUUCAUAAUUAAUUUAGAGAUUAUAUCAAAGACAAAUCAAUAAAAUAGGAGGUUCUAACCAAUUUGGAAUAGAUAUAAUAUUUAUUUUGGUUUGGAUAAUAUGGAGAGAAUAACAAAAAAAUAGAUAAAUGGAUAGCCACAUGGAAGGGAGAAACCUUAGUAGAUGUUGGUGGCUAUUACUCAGAUAAAGGAUUAAAGUAAGGUCUAUGGAAAGAAUUAAUAAAGAAUUAUUGGAGGUUAAUAAAAUUUAUUUUUAAAUAGUAAAGCAUAGGUGUAUGAAGUUGGAAAAUAUAAGAAUAAUUUGAGGAAAGGAUCAUGGAAAUACAUUUAUAAGGAUUAGGAGAUGUAUUAAAAAUUUACUUAGUUUAGUGGUGGAGGAAAAUACAAUUAGUAAGGUUAAAGAAAUGGUAAAUGGAUAGAGUUGAAUGAUUAAUUUUCUUAAUAUUCAUAAAUUGCACAUAUUGGUUUAUAUCAAAAUGGUAAAAAAGUUGGUAAAUGGGAUAUUUAUUAUAGAAAAGAUGAGAAUCAACCAUUUUAACUUCUGUGAUUAUAUUAUGAAAGAAUUAUUUAGUGGGGGUGGAUUAUAUGAUGAAUAACGUUCCAUGAAGAUUGGAAAAUGGAACGAACUAAGCAUAGGAUAUGAUAAUUUUUCUUAAGUUAUAUAUAGAGGUGAAUAUUCAAAAGGUAAGAAGGUUGCUAAAUGGGAUAUAUUAUUUCGAAAAGAUGAAUAGGAAACAUAUGAAUAAUUGUAUUUCUUUCAAUUAAAUGGUUUAGAGGAGGUGGAUUAUAUGAUGAUGAAGGUCAUAAGAAGAUUGGAUAUUGGACUGAAUUAAGCGACGAAUUUAAUUCUGGCUCGUAAAUAGUUUUUUAUGGAGAAUAUUAAAAUGGGAAAAAAAUUAAUAAAUGGAUUACUAAAUAGGAAGGAGAAGAGAUGUAACAUUAUUUUGUUUUUUUAAAUAAUUUUUAGUGCUGGGGGAUCAUAUGGCGAAGGAGGUUAAAUUAAGGUUGGAAAGUGGAUUGAAUUGAGUGAAGGAUACGGAAUAUGGUCCUAGGUUAUUUAUUAAGGUGAAUAUAGAAAUGGUAAGAAAUUUAGUAAAUGGGAAAUAUUAUAGAGGAUGAAAGGAAAUGAACAACUUGAAUAAAUGUAAAAAUAAAAUAGAAAUUUAGAGGUGGUGGAUUAUAUGAUGAAGUAGGUUCUAAUAAAAUUGGAUAUUGGACAGAAUUGAGUGAUGAAUUUAAAUAUGAUUCAUAAAUAGUUUAGUAUGGUGAAUAUUAAAAUGGGAAAAAAGUUAAUAAAUGGAUUACUAGUUUAGAAGGAGAUUAUUUGUAACCUUAUCUAAUUAAUAAUAAAUAUUUUAGUGGUGGAGGAUCAUAUCAUUAAGCAGGGACAAUUAAGGUUGGAAAGUGGAUUGAAUUGAAAGAUGGAUUUAAUGAAUGGUCUUAAGCUAUUUAUUAUGGCGAGUAUAAAGAUGGUAACAAAAUUGGUAUUUGGGAUAUUUUAUUUUAAAAACCCCUAAAGCAAGAAUUGGAAGUGAUGUAAUUAUCAUAAUAAAAUAUUUUAGUGGUAGUGGAUCAUAUGAUAAAGGAUGCUAAAUCAAAAAUGGAAGGUGGAUUGAGCUUAGUGAAAGAUUCAGGGAUAAUUCUUAAGUCACUUAUAAUGGUUGUUACAACAGAGGUAAAAAAGUUGGAAGAUGGGACAUCUUAUAGGAGGGAAUCAAUUAGUAAAUAAUACGAAUUAGCCUAAUUUUAGUGGUGGAGGAGAAUAUGAUGAAGAUUCAUUAAAGAUUGGAAGAUGGAUUGAAUUAAGCGAAAGUUUCUCAAGUUCUUCUUAAAUCACUUAUGAUGGUGAGUAUCAAAAAGGAAAAAAGGUUGGUAAAUGGAAUAUUUAUUAUAAGAAGACUUAUGAAACUUAUAACUACGAAUAUAUGUAGAUAAAAAAUAAUAUAUAUUAGCGGCGGGUGGAUUUUAUGAUGAAGUAAAGAUUGGUAGGUGGGUUGAGGAGUGCGAUAGUUUUAAUGAAUAUAAUUAAGUCAUUUAUAUUGGCGAAUAUAAAAACUGCAGAAAGGUUGGAAGAUGGGAUAUUUUUUAAAGAAAGGCAGGCCAGCAAAAAUUUGAAAAAAUGUAAAUAUUGUUAGAUAAAAAUACUAGUGGUGGUGGAAUAUAUCAUCAAGAAAAUUCAUUUAAGACAGGUUUUUGGAUUGAAUUGAGCAAUAGUUUUAGUAAUGAAUUGUAAUAUAUUUAUCAUGAUGAAUUGAAGAAAGGGAAGUAAGAAAAUCAAUAGAUGGAAAUGGAUUUGCAAUCUAAUAAAAUAAGUGAAUAAUUAAGAAAUUUUGAAUGA